AUUCGCCUGCAAUUCCUUGUGAAGCAGAAGGCAUGAGAAACAAUUUGUCUUCCUCAGCCUCUGGUUUUUCUCAAGCAUCAAAUAAUGUACCCAAAGCUGGAGGCUCCGGGGGUGGCAAUGCUAGAAAAUAUUCUUUUGGAUAUAUUUGGGGAAGCACCAACGAAAGCCACAAAUGGAACAAGAAAAGGAUUAUCACCAUGAGAAGGGAGAGAUUUGAAACGCAGAAGACAAUCUUCAUAGUCUAUAUAAAUUUUUGGAUGGAGAACAUGUUUAAUCUCUUUGGCCUCGAAAUAAACAUGGUGGCCUUGCUCCUUGCCUCCUUUGCUUUGUUAAAUGCCAUUUCUAUGCUAUAAAUUGCACUUCUCGCUGCCUGCAUACUUCUAAAUCGCAAUGUCAUUCGGAAAUUAUGGCCAGCACUUGUCUUUUUGCUUGCUUCCAUUCUUGUCCUACAAUACUUUGUCAUUUGGAAGAGCACACCAUCUGCCAAUUCACAAACAUCAAGCAAGGCUGAGUCUGUAUUUCCUUUCGAAUUUUAUGAUUCUCCUGCCAGUAUGAAUGCUGAAAGUCUUUAUGUGAUGAAUUCAGCUGAUCAUUCAUUUGAGUUUUCCCAUUGCGAGAUCACUAAGGCUGAGAAGGAUGGUGGAGGUUCUUUAUAUGAUUCAGAUAAGAAAGAGAGAGCCAGAGGUCAAGCUGAGGAUAACUCUAUAGUUUCUGCUGUGCAGCUUUUAGGAGAUGGCAGUUAGUUCUCUUGUAACCUUCCCAAACAUCAAGCCAGAAGACAUGGAUGCCAGAGGCACAAUCAAGCAGUUUGCACCCGAUUAACAUUUUUUCUAUUGCUUCUGGACACCUGUAUGAACGUUUUUUGAAAAUCAUGAUCUUGAGUGUCCUCAAGAAUACACAGCGCCCUGUAAAAUUCUGGUUCAUAAAGAAUUAUCUCUCCCCACAAUUUAAGGAUGUGAUCCCACAUAUGGCUCAUGAGUAUGGUUUUGAUUAUGCAUUAAUCACCUACAAGUGGCCUACAUGGCUACAUAAGCAGAAGGAAAAGCAAAGGAAUAUAUGGGCAUAUAAAAUUUUGUUCCUAGAUGUUAUCUUUCCCGUUUCUCUAGAGAAGGUUAUAUUUGUUGAUGCAGAUCAGGUGGUGCGAGCAGACAUGGGAGAACUUUAUGACAUGGAUCUGAAAGGAAGACAGCUUGCAUAUACUCCUUUUUGUGACAACAACAAGGAGAUGGAUGGAUAUCGCUUUUGGAGACAAGGUUUCUGGAAGGAGCACUUAGGCGGAAGACCAUAUCAUAUAAGUGCACUGUACGUUGUUGAUUUGGAGAAAUUUCAAGAGACUGCAGCAGGAGAUAACCUGAGAGUGUUCUUUGAAUCUCUCAGCAAGGAUCCAAACAGUCUGUCCAAUCUUGAUCAGGACCUCCCGAAUUAUGCUCAGCACACCGUGCCUAUCUUCUCAUUACCCCAAGAAUGGUCGUGGUGUGAGUCGUGGUGUGGUACAGCCACUAAAUCCAAGGCAAAGACCAUUGAUCUUUGCAACAAUCCUAUGACGAAGGAACCCAAGCUUCAGGGUACGAAGAGAAUAGUUUCUGAAUGGCCUGAUCUUGACUUAGAGGCAAGAACGUUUACUGUGAAAAUUCUCAGAGAUGAAUCUGAGCUUCAAGAAGCAGUGGCUUCAGAUAAGUCGCGCAGGGUUCACAGGGUGAUGAGUCAUCGGUAGAGGAACUUGACCUUGAAUCCAAGU